AAAGAACAAACGUGGUACCUCUCUCAGGAAGGUGGAAAAGAAGGAGUUGGAAAAACUAGAUCUGUAAUCCUGGUUUUAGCAUUUGAAAGAAAUACUGGAAUCAGCCACCAAAGAAUCUGUUUUCAAGCGGGCAGAAAUGACCAACACCAGUGAGAAUUGCAGUUUUACAGCUGUGGACAGCUUGGCAUGGACGGUGCAGCUGGGGAUCUCCAUCCCCACCUUCAUCCUCGGGCUGGUUCUCAACAGCCUGGCCCUGUCUGUGUUCUGCUGCUUUUGGAGGAAGCAGACCAAGACCUCGGUGUACAUGAUCAAUCUGGCUCUGGCAGAUGUCCUGCUGCUCCUCUCGCUGCCACCAAAGCUGUACUACUCUGUCACCACCGCGCCUGGCCUGCUCUGCUCCUUCAUACAGGCUCCUUACUUCGUCAACACCUACACCAGCAUCUUCAUCAUCGUCUGCAUCACCGUGGACAGGUACAUCUGCAUCAGGCACCCGUUUGAAGGCCGAGCUAACCAAUCCCCCAGGUGGGCUCUCUUGAUUUGCAGCUUCAUCUGGGCAGUGGCUUGGAUCUGCAGCAGCCCAAUUUAUGUGUUUCACAAGAAGGAACCUAUUAAAUGCUUUCACAACAUGUCAGCCCAGACCUGGAGCGUUCCCUUCAUCGUUUCUGUGGAAAUAUUUGGGUUUCUGAUCCCACUGGCGGUGAUGGUUUUCUGCUCUGCUCAAACCAUCUGGAUUCUUCUGAAUCACAAAACUCACGACAAAAAGAGCGUGGAAGAAAGCGGCUCCCUGCGGGUGAUCGUGAUCAACCUCGUGGUGUUCCUGGUGUGCUUCACACCCGUCCACCUCGGGAUCUGCCUGCAGUGCCUGGUGAAGCAGCAGGUGAUCGUGGGCUGCAGGAUGAGGCAGACCAUCAGCCUGUUCCUCCAGGUGUCCAUGACAUUCGCCAACCUCAACUGCUGCCUCGAUGCCAUCUUCUACUAUUUUGCUGCGAAGGAAUUCUGUAAGAAAGCACAGCUGAGAAGGGUGAUUGAGCUGUGUCCUGUCUUUAACCCCUGUGCCAUGGGCUGGCUCUGCCGGCGCUGGGAGAGCUCCCCUUGCCAGGACAGCGCCGGUGCCGCGCCUGGCACGGCCACAGCGACAAGGACAAUGUGUUUCCAGUGAAUGCAAACCUGCUCCCUAUUU